AAAUACGAACACCGGUGCCAAGUCUAGAACUAGAACUCUGAUGGGUUGAAGAUAUGGCUGUCCUCCUAAUAAUGUAAAUGGUUUAUUUCCUUACGAACUCAAUCUUGUUUCCUGGCGCAGUAUCACCAAUGCACCAUGAAAUUAAUAGCAGAAAAUAGCGUCACGCAAACUACGUAUACGACAGACACGUCUGCCUCCAGCUGUCCACGUCAUUCUAGCUCCAACCACGUUGCUUGACUUGUUUGCCAUCCUCUUCGGUUAUCAACCCAAUCCUGUUCUUUUUUUUUUUUGAGGGGAAACCCAAUCGUGUUCAUGCCUGCUGCCGGACAAGCACUCUCUAUCUCUACCACCGUGAACCACCACACAACAGCCACUGCUCGCCUGUAAAGUGCAGACGUGCAGUGUGGGUGCAGCAACGGGCCGGGUGGCCGGAACAACAAACCCGUGUGCCCGGCGCGCGCCAACGGCUAGGCGAGGGCCGGCCACCCCGUUCCGUUCCACGCGAUCUGCGCUACCAGCUCGAAUACAAAAUAUCGAAAUUGUUCGGUUUAAAAUGGCACGUCCCCUGCUUGUUCUGCUUCACUUGUCCUGCGCCAGCACCGCGCUCCAGGUCACAAGCUCGACCUCGCAGAGCGCGCCCGCCGCCGGAAUGGCUUCCAGCGCCGCCGCCGACGUGGUUGAGACCGAGCUGCUCCCGUUCAUCCGCGUGUACAAGAGCGGCCGCGUCGAGCGCCUGCUCGGCACCGACACCGUGCCGGCGUCCUUCGACGCGUCCACGGGCGUGGCGUCCAAGGACGUCGUCAUCGACCCGGCCACCGGCGUCUCCGUCCGCCUCUACCUUCCGCCAGCGGCUGCGGCAUCCGGGGGCGAAGGCAAGAAGCUGCCCGUCCUCGUGUACUUCCACGGCGGCGGGUUCAUGGUCGAGACGGCGGCCUCCCCGACGUACCACCGCUACCUGAACGCGCUCGCCGCCCACGCGGGCGUCCUCGCGGUGUCCGUGGAGUACCGCCGCGUGCCGGAGCACCCGCUCCCCGCGGCCUACGACGACUCCUGGGCGGCCCUCGCGUGGGCGGUCGCCGGCACCGCCCCGGGAUGCCCCGAGCCGUGGCUCGCGGCGCACGGGGACGCGUCCCGCGUGUUCCUCGCCGGCGACAGCGCGGGCGCCAACAUCGCGCACAACGUCGCCCUGCGCGCCGCCGCCGAGGGGCUCCCGCGCCCGUGCGCGGCCAUCGUCGGCGUGCUGCUGGUGCACCCCUACUUCUGGGACCCGACCAACGCCAUGACGCCCGCUCUGGAGGUCAGGAUCCGCCGCGAGUGGCGGUUCAUGUGCGCGCGCCCCGACGCCGAGGUCGACGACCCGAGGUUCUGCCCGACGUGCGCCGAGGCGGCGCCGCUGCUCGCGGCGCUGCCGUGCAAGAGGGCGAUGCUGGCCGUGGCGGGCGACGACUUCCUGGCGGUGAAGGGGCGGGCGUACUACGCGGCGCUGCUCGCGAGCGGGUGGCGCGGCGAGGCCGAGCUGGUGGACACGCCGGGGCAGGACCACGUGUUCCAUCUCAUGCGGCCGGGGACGGAGGCGGCCGCCGAGAUGUUGGACCGCGUCGCGGGUUUCAUUUCUCGUGCUUGACCUCACCUGCUCCCCGUCUUGCGUCAGGGCGGCUAAUAAAUGAAGCAGACUCGCUAUCUCCCAAGAGCGUUUUGAAGUCUCCUCUCGGAAUUUUGCUAUACAUCUGUGCUGCACCCAUCGGCGUGCGUUGAAAUUAAUAUAUUUCGUGUCUAACUGUCUAUGUCAGUAACCAUAUUUUCGUUGAAUUUUGAAAAACUUGAUAGGCCCCCCAUGACAGGUCCAA